UAAAAUCCUCCAGCUCGACGCUGCGGGAGUGAAGGAAAGAUGGCGGCCGGACCCGGAGCGGCCAGCAGUGGUCAGAGCGGUGGCCGCGGCUCGUCGACCGCUUUGGAGUCAUCACUAGACCGCAGAUUCCAAGGAGUCACCAAUACGAUGGAGUCCAUCCAGGGAUUAUCCUCGUGGUGCAUCGAGAACAAGAAACAUCACAGCCUCGUCGUGCGCUGCUGGAUGAAGUGGCUGAAGAAAUCGGAUGCCAACCACAGGCUGAAUCUCUUCUACCUCGCUAAUGAUGUCAUUCAGAAUUGCAAAAGGAAGAACGCUAUUAUUUACCGAACCACCUUCGCUGAUGUGCUACCGGACGCCGCCCUGCUGGUCAAGGACGCUAAAGUGUGUAAGUCAGUGGACAGGAUCUUCAGUAUUUGGCAGGAGCGGAAUGUUUAUCCGGAGGAGUUGAUCUCUGAGCUGAAGGCCAGUCUGCAGAAGAAAGACAAAGAGAAAGAGAAGGAGAAAGAGAAAGAGAAGCAGAAGGAGAAGGAGAAGGGGAAAAAAGUCAAAGAGCAACAGCCUUGUCCUGCUCCAGUCAAACCCAAAACUGCUCUGAAGUCUAAAAUUGUUGCAGAGUUUGUACCACAUGAUUUUGUAGAGCGGUUAAUGUCUUACAAGAACUCUCUGGACGAAAGUGAUUUAAGAGAGAAGCAGCUAGCUGCUCUCAGAGUGGACGUCUGCAGCACAGAGGCCCUCAAAAGGUUAAAAGAUAAAGCAGGAGGGAAUAAGUUCUCAAAAGACUUUGAAGAGGGAAGCACAAAGCUACAGGAAUUUGUGACGUUCCUGGAGGGUCAGAUAAAAGCAGGACCCCCACUGCUGGAGGUGCUGGGAAACGCAGACAUCUUUUAUGAGAUGCAAUACAAAGAGGUCAAAAUUGUUGCCAAUGCGUAUAAAGCUUUUGCCAAUCGCGUCAGUAGCCUGAAGCGUAAGCUGGAUGCUCUGAAGACCACAUUGCCCAGUCUGGAUGACUCUCCCAUCCCUUCCCCCUCUGAGGAUGCCCCGUCCCCCACCGGCUCAGAGUCGCCCUUCCAUGGCCUGAGUUCCAGGAUUGGUUCAGGUAGUGGGGAUGGAAACGGAGGCAGAGGUUUGGAGCAACAGAAGGACAACAGAGACAUAGAGGACAUGGACAUGUCUGAGGAAGAGGAAACGACAGGAAAUGCUGGAAUCAUUGUUGGCGAAAGGAAAGAGAAGUCGAGUCUUCCAUCUGUAUCCAAGAUGACAAAUGCAGCAACAAAAAGCUCCCAGAUUACCGCUUCUAAACCAUCUCAGGUUUUGGCAACUCCCACAAAGACGGUGUCCGGGUCAUCAACCAGUCAAACACCUCCUGCAAACACCACAACCAUUACCACAACACCUGUACCUGCCCCUGUUGUUAGCCCCUCCCCCCUGCAGGUGAACUUGGCCAAUGUAGAUCUGGGCAAGAUCAGCUCUAUUCUGAGCUCUAUCUCCAAUGCAAUGAAGACCACUGGUGUCAGCCCUGUGUCCCGUCCUUCCCCUGGCACACCUACUACACCAUCCAGCCACGCCUCCUCCUCCAAAGCCCCUCCUUUGACCCCUGGCAGCAUUCCCUCAUCCAAUCCUCUGGCCAGUAUCUUGUCCAAAGUGGAUUUCUCCCCCGAGAACAUUCUGAAUGUUCUCACAAAAACACAGACUCACAGCCCCAACCUGCAGGGUUUGUCUUCUCUCCUUUCAUCAGCGCGUUCAGGCACUCUCACUACUCCAGACCCGGUUCCAUCUUCACCUGCCUCUUCAGCUGUCACCACAACUGCAGCAACCUCCACCACCACCACCACCCCAACGACACCGAAGGCCCUAAAGACCACAGGCAACAAUUUCAAGCGAGAAACUGAACGAGAGAAAGGGAAAGAGUGGGAGAAGGUGAAAGAGAGGGAAAGAGAGAAGGAAAGAGAACAAGACAAAAAAGAGAGCGAGAAAGAAAUUGAGACUGAGGCUGUGGUAAUGCCCAGCCUGGAGUCUAAGAUCAAUAGUUUCCUUCAGGGGAAUCCUGGUUUCAGUGCUCUCGGACUUGGCUUAGACGAUGUAGGCAGCAAUAGCCCUCUCCUUGUUGGUGGAGACAACCUAGAUGGCACCCCUGUCCGAGAUGAGAGUGGUAGCACACCCACCCAAGAUGAAAUUAUGGACUCACCCCAUGUACUCAGUGAGCCUCAGAGUGCAGAUCUGUCUGGAGGUCGUAACCUUUCACCUACAGCCUAUCACAGUGACCCCUGGGAUGCCGUGAUCACUCCACGAGAGGCUCUGGGAGAAAACAAGCAGAAAGACAGGGAUUACCGCACACCACCACCCUCACGACUCCCCGCCUUUAGCCCAAGUGUGACUAAACCAGUCAAGGCCAUGAGUAAAGCCAAAGAGGAAGAAGGGCUAAAGAGAAAAGUACCAGGUUUGAAAGUUCCAUCAGCUGCCAUGGUGCAGGAUCAUAAAAUAAAGGCAAAGAUGGAUGGAGAGGGAGAGAAAAGUGCAUGCUCCCGCAAGCCAAGUGGAGGAUCUGACGAUGGGAUGAAAGACAAGGAAAGAAAAGGUUCAGCUGACAAUGGAGACCACUACCACCGCAUUGAGACUGUUGUUUCUUCAUCCUCCAGUGAGGGAGCACCAAUCGAAACCCUUGAUUAUGGUAACCGCAUCCAGACGGUGGAAAGCAUCCGUGUGGUUGGAAGAGUCCUUAGAAGAGGGAGCAGUGCUGGUUCUAGAGUGGGUGGGGCCUGGUAUGAAGAGGAGGAGUUUAUGGAAGCACCACCCCCACACCACCCUGGUAGUCGUGGCCAUGAGAAUUCUGAGGAGUUGGGAAUGGUCCCCCCUCUCCCUCCUCCUCCUCCAGCUCACCUUCCACCCCCUUCACAGUAUCCUCCUCCACCCUAUGCAAACGAAGACCCCACACGACCUUCUCAUGGCAUUCCUCAACACCAUCCUCCCCCUCCAUUUUUUCCCUCUUCCAUUCCUCCAGUCCCACCACCACUUCCUCCCAUCCCUCAAACCCCACAUCCUUCCAGAGACUUCCCCCUGACCUCAAACACCACUGUUAUGGUUGGUGGUGUCCUUGUAUCGAUAGACCGAGUCCUACCCUAUCCACCUGCCAACCUCCAUCCAGAUGGAGCAGGGCAUGGAGGAAGCGGGGGCAGUGCCCCUCCUAGAGGUGGCAAACCCCAACUCCCUUCAUUGUUGGGAGAUCCCCCACGCCCAGGCACAGUGAAAGAGCAGUUUGUCUUGCGUCACACCCCACCUCUUCAUCGUCCUGGGACCCCGGGAGUUCCUCCACCCCUCCUGGGCAGAAUUCGAGAAGGCCCCAUUUCCACACCACCAUCACCAUCUACCCCAACCACACCUACUCCUCCAUCCCCAGCUGGGGAAACCCAUCCACAUUUGUCUAUUCCCAACCGCCUACCCAUCAAUAACCCAAAUCAGAGACCCCGCCGUCCUUCUUCCCCUCUGUCCCUCCUCCAAUUACCAAACCAGCAUCACAUGCUCCGUUCCCCACAGUUUACCAGAGGAUCCCUGCCCCUACCACCCCCCUCCCUUAACCGUGAACCCCUCCUACCUGGGACAAAGCGUCCCGCUGGUAGUUUUGGCGGUGGGUCUUUCAACCCCCCCAAAAGACCGUUCUUGCCCCCUCGUUAUUAGCAUCUUAGAAUGAGUGCUAAAUGCUCUGUACAACCUGAAAUAGGCAGUGUAGCAAGCUAGCAUCACCUGCGAAACGCAGCGUGAGACUUAUUCUGCAUGUAAAUACACAUGCACUGAUAUGUCAUGCCCCAGAACAGCCACGUUACAUCACUACUCUUCUCAGUGAAAGAGAAGUUUUCAGAUACUCUAGAGAUGAACUAGGAGGAGGAGAAUGUGGAGAUCCAGAAACAUCCAUGGAAUAUGAAAGAAGGCAAAAGGUGGUUAUCCUGUUCAAUUGGUGUAGUGUGUGUGUGUGUGAGAGAGAGAGAGAGAGAGAGAUAUGGAUGACUUGUAAGUAGAUGCGCAGAUUAUUUCUUUCCUUCCAGUAACUCUUCCUUCACUUCUCCACCCUAUAACACUUGCUUUUCUCAUUUUUCCCAUGUAAAUACUUGUUCUUGCUGUUGACAGGAUCCAGAUUACUGCUUUUUUGUCUGUUAACCUCUGUUACUCUUUCACUUUAAGCACAAAACCAGUGGAUUUCAACUGUGUUUUAUUCCGGAGUGAUUAAAUUAUUGACAAAGAUGUAAUGCUAGGCAAACAUGAUGGCUUGUAGUGAUCCUUAAGCUCCAUAAAGCUAAAAUACAGCCACUUUAUAAACCUUCACCAAGAUGUGAAGAUUUUGGCUCGCAUUGCAUAUAAGCUAACCAAGUGUUCAAGGCAUAACUACUCGGUAGUUUUUGAGUGCUUUUCAAGAGCUCCUUUGCGUGUUUUUUUUUUUUUUCUCUUCUUCAUAGAGUUCUUACAUGUAUUCUGAUUAAUAAAAGCAUUGUGUGGAGAAA